CUCCUCCUCUCUCUCCUAUCAGCAGAGCUCUCUCUCUUUCUCUCCGGCACCGAUUCUGAUCCGAAUCCAUUUUCAGAACAAGAGACUGUUGACUUUACAGAUUUUUCAUUAAGGAUUGCGAGAAAAAAAAAAUGAAUCACGUACCUUCUGAUCAAAGCUUUUACAUUGAGAGCGAGGACGAAGACGAUAGGAAAGAUUACGUAGAAGAAGAUGGUGGAAGCCAUUCUGAUUCAUCUGAUGCUUAUGAUGAAAACCAAGCUCACACUAAACCUAGCUCAUACACCACUGCUUGGCCUCAGAGUUACAGGCAGUCGAUUGAUCUUUACAGUAGUGUACCGUCUCCCGGUAUCGGUUUUCUUGGAAACAAUUCGAUGACGAGAUUCGGAAGCUCUUUCUUGUCUUCUUCGUUGAUAAGAAGACAUACUCCGGAAUCAUUACCUGCUGUUACAAAACCUUUGUUAGAAACACAAGCAGAUGAACAAGCACCACCAAAACAUAGACUUAGCUCUCAUGGCUUGCUCUCUCCUAUUCCUUCAAGGAGGCAUUCGAUGCGAAAGGAUGAGAAAUCAUCCAUGGUGUCUCAUGAGAUUCCAAUGUCUCGCAAUAGUUCAUACGGACAAGCUGUUCUAAAUGGAUUGAACGUUUUAUGUGGGGUUGGAAUACUUUCAACGCCUUAUGCUGCAAAAGAAGGAGGAUGGUUAGGACUUAUGAUACUAUUUGUAUAUGGUCUUCUUUCUUUCUACACCGGAAUCCUCCUUCGUUACUGCCUCGACAGUGAGUCUGACCUCGAGACCUAUCCCGACAUUGGCCAAGCUGCGUUUGGUACUACUGGACGUAUCUUUGUCUCGAUUGUACUCUACCUGGAGCUAUACGCUUGCUGUGUGGAAUAUAUAAUAUUGGAGAGUGAUAAUUUGUCUUCAUUAUAUCCAAAUGCUGCCUUAAGUAUUGGAGGAUUUCAGUUAGAUGCUCGCCAUCUAUUUGCAUUGCUUACAACUCUCGCGGUCCUCCCCACCGUUUGGCUCAGAGAUCUCAGUGUACUGAGUUAUAUCUCAGCUGGAGGGGUGAUUGCAUCAGUGCUAGUGGUUUUAUGUUUAUUUUGGAUUGGUUUGGUAGAUGAAGUUGGAAUUCACAGCAAAGGAACUACACUGAAUUUGUCAACAUUACCUGUAGCUAUAGGACUCUAUGGUUACUGCUACUCAGGACAUGCUGUUUUCCCCAAUAUUUAUACUUCUAUGGCCAAACCAUCUCAAUACCCUGCUGUUCUCUUGACAUGUUUUGGUAUUUGUACUCUGAUGUAUGCCGGGGUCGCUGUUAUGGGUUAUACGAUGUUUGGAGAAUCAACACAAUCACAGUUUACUCUCAACUUGCCUCAAGAUUUGGUUGCAACUAAGAUUGCUGUGUGGACUACGGUGGUCAAUCCAUUUACCAAAUAUGCUUUGACCAUUUCUCCAGUAGCAAUGAGUCUUGAGGAGUUGAUACCAUCAAGGCAUAUCAGGUCACAUUGGUACGCCAUCGGCAUUAGAACCGUAUUGGUUUUCUCUACUCUGCUUGUCGGUCUUGCAAUUCCCUUCUUUGGUCUUGUCAUGUCAUUGAUUGGAUCAUUGUUGACAAUGCUCGUCACACUAAUACUUCCUCCAGCGUGUUUCUUGAGCAUUGUAAGGAGAAAAGUUACCCCGACCCAGAUGAUGUUGUGUGUCUUAAUCAUCAUAGUAGGAGCAAUAUCUUCAGUCAUUGGCUCAUAUUCAGCUCUCUCCAAGAUCGUUGAGAAAUUAAGCAGCUGAAAAUAUUUCUCUUCUUUUUUAUAACAAACUCUUAUACCCAUU